AUGAGUUUAAAUGAAGGUUUAUCUUUGAAUGUUGAUUCCGAUUUGCAACAGUUUCUUGAAAUCGAAACUCAAAAAAGGCGCUUUGAAUUUCUUGUACAUGGACUGACAGAUAGAUGUUGGGAUUUAUGCAUGGGAAAAGUAAGUGCAAGACUGGAUGGCAAAACUGAAGGCUGUCUCACAAACUGUGUUGAACGUUUUAUUGACACUACAAACUUUAUAGUUAACAGAUUAGAGAAAACUCAAUCAAUAGAAAGUUCAUCAUCCUUUGAAUAA